GUGUGUUUGGUGAGUCUGUGUCAGUGAUGGAGGGAGAUUCUGUCACUCUACACACUGAUGUUACUCAAAUACAUGAAAACGAUGACAUACAGUGGAAAUUCGGAGCUGAAAACACUCUCAUAGCUGAAAUCAGUAGAGAUGCUGGAAUCUUCUCCACAUCUGAUGGUCCUGAUGAGAGAUUCAGAAACAGACUGAAGCUGGAUCCUCAAACUGGAUCUCUGACCAUCACAGACACCACAACUGAACAUGCAGGACUCUAUAAACUAGAGAUUAGUGGAGUGAAACUGUCAUCAAAGAAAUUCAAUGUUUCUGUCUGUGCUCGUCUGCCUGUUCCUGUCAUCAGCAGUAACUCUUCACAAUGUUCUUCGUCAUCUUCAUCAUCAUAUUGUUCACUGGUGUGUUCAGUGGUGAAUGUGGGUCAUGUGACUCUCUCCUGGUACAAAGGAAACAGUUUAUUGUCCAGUAUCAGUGCGUCUGAUCUCAGCAUCAGUCUCUCUCUACCUCUGGAGGUGGAAUAUCAGGAUAACAACAGCUACAGCUGUGUGCUCAACAAUCCCAUCAGCAACCAGACUCAACAUCUGGACAUUGGUGAACUCUGUCAGACAUGUUCAGAAGUCCACAUCUAUUGUUGUGGUUUUACUGAAGCUGUGAUCCGAUUGGUCAUCUCUGCUUUGGUGGGUGUGGCUGCUGUGGCUGUUCUGGUUUAUGACAUCAGAUCCACAAGAGGAGGAGACAAGAAGCAGAUAUCAUACAUAUUAUGA